AUAAAUGUCUGCAUAGGGUCCACCGUCGACAUAUUUUGGAGUUUUAUUGCAUUUAUGCAAUUACGCUGAGAUGUUACGUUAAUUGGCGGAUAUGAGGACUGAACGAAAAGAACUGGACAGCCUUCAAUAAAAUUCUCGUGCCGCAUGUGCUCUGAUGUGCGCGUCGUGCCUUAUUCUCAAAUACUUCCAGUUGCUCCAGCAAUGAGUCGUUUAACGAACAGGAUUUUGAUCCUAGCAUCUGUUUUCUGUCUUUGUUUCAAUAUACUCGUCAGCUUCUUGUGCCAUGAAGAACACUUGGUCAAAUAUAAAAGCAUUUAUAAUCAUCAAUAUAUAAGAUCCACAUUCUCGAACCCAUUCAAGAUUGUGAGUAAUUCAUUGUCGUUGAACAACUAUGCUUUUUUGACGGCUCGUGAAUCGCUCCCAACACAUGAAUAUAUCUAUGAUACUGCUACCUGGAAAGGAGGAAGGAAUAUGGUCGGUAAAACAAGCAGCAGUGUGACAGAACAGCUAAAUAGCGGUGUUCGAGCCUUCAUAUUGAAGAUAAUUGACGGCCCUAAUAAUGAUGGUGUAUUUGUUGGCAUAAAGGGCGAAACAUUUAUUGACAGUGGGAACCUUUGGUAUGACCACUGUGUAAGUACAUUUUGCAGAAGGGCUCUGAUCUCUUUGAUGUCUCAAAAAUUCUUGUACCUCUACGUCGUGGGGUUUUUUGGCUGUACUCCAGCUCUAGGAAUUUUGAAGGAGAUUGAAGAAUUCUUAUCUUCAAAUCCAUUAGAGAUACUAACUCUAAUCUUCCAAGAUUGUGUAAAUGCUUCUAAUGGCCUAGCGAAGGUUUUAGAAGAUGCAAGUUUAUCGAAAUUUUUGUUGCCAUUAAAGAAAAUGCCUCGAAAUGGUGGAGAUUGGCCAUUAGUCAAGGACAUGAUUGCUGCCAAUCAAAGGCUCAUUGUCUUCACUUCAAAUAUGUCCAAGGAGGAAACUGAAGGAAUGGCUUACACCUGGAAUUUCAUGGUUGAAUAUGGAAGUCAGAAAAGGAUUGAGACGCCUUGUACCAAAAACAAGUUACCAUCAGCAACAGAUGAUACAAAAAAAUCUCUAGUGCUACUCAGCUUCUAUUCAUCUCCAAGGUACGGUAAAGAUCUUAUGAACGCAAUAAACAGGUGUUACGUUGCAGCUUCGAACCGCUGGCCAAAUUUCAUUGCUGUUGAUAACGACGAGUGGAAAAAUGGGAUGGAAAUCGUCACUACUAUGAGUUUGAGACAAGGUGUCACACCUCCCUAUCCGAUACGCAUUCAACUAGUCACGAGUCUUGCACACUGUAAUUAA